AGACGCCGGAGGCGGAAAAGACUUUUUAUUAGAUGUAGGAAAAGGAGUAGAAGAAGAAGGAAGUGGAACAACAACAACACGGAUUGUUCACUUUUAAUUCCCAAACAACGUAACCCGUUAUUUUUUAGAGGUGCUGCAUUGCAUGAGCUGUGUAUAAACACUUUGGAGUGGCUGCGGAAACAAUGGAUCUGAGUUCGGCUGUUCAGAGCCCCCUGACUCAUCCAUUUUUGGGGGUUCUGGGAGAGCUCUAACCAGUGACCAUGAAUUGUAGAACUGCUCUUUCAUGAAACUGCAUAACAGCCAUUCAGACAGACAGUUGAGAGAGGAGUAUGGAGCAAGAGGCAGCUGAGAAGAAGAUGGAUGAUUGGGAGAUCCCUGAUGGCAAAUCUGCAUUUUUGACUAAUUUGAGUCAGUGGGAGGACACAAGAAGAGAUCAUGACUGUGAGAAAGAGGACAACAUGUCUGAUAUUAGUUCUCAGGAAACGCCACUCCCUUCCCCUCUAAAAGACUGUGGGGAAGCAGAAUGGUGUGGAUCCAUGAAGGACAAAGAGGAUACAGAUGAAGUUUCAGAUGUGUUUGAGCAUAAUGAGAGUACAGAUCAAGAGAACCCAAAGGUUAUUAAUCAAGAAGAGGACGAAGCUGCGAAGGAGCAGCACAUGAACGGGGACUCUGGUUGGAGUAACGCAGGGAGUGGACGAAAAUUUAGACUUCGGAGCAGCGGAACCGUCUUAGAGCAGAGCAGUCAGAAUAACUUCUCCUUUCAAAAAAGCAAUGUUGUGUCAAGUGGAGCACGGCACAAGCAGACUCGCAAACGCAACCACCACCACCACCAUCAGCAAAACAGAGGACGGAGGCAAACCGGAAACCAACUUGUCAUGGCUUUCAAAGAAAUGCUGUCAGAGUCUCUGAGUUUCUGGUGCAUCUCAUGCAUCCAUAUGUUCAUUGAAAUCAUUGUGACGUUAACUCACAACUGUGGAGCUGGAGUGGAGACUGGUGCUGUGAAACUUUACAAUGUUGGGCAACAAAUCUUUGUGAAGGUCACCGACGUACCUGGAAUGAAGGACGAUCUGAGUCGGCUUUUUAAAUGGACAAAAUGUCUGGUUGCUGACCUGGUGGAUAAAACUUUAAAGUCCCUGAAGUGUGUAAAAACGGCAUUCUUAUACUGUUUCAGACUUUGCUAUAAUUUUAUUACUCUCAGUUUCAACUGGGUUAACGCCAUAGUGGUCCGUAUCGGUGGAGAGAGAGGAAAAUGCCUUUGGAUAGCUUUCCACGAGUCAAAGUUUUGGAAAAGGGUGGUUUCCCUGAUGGACCGAGCCAGAAAAAUGUUCAGAAGAGGCAGUCGGGUACCACCCGAGUCCCCAGAUAGGACAGGGAGAUCUAUGCAAGGCCAGGAGUUGGAGCGGCUUCUGGCUUUGGCGGAGGUACCGGAGGAGGAACUCGACCCAUUUUCAGUGCUCGGUGUGGAGGUGGACGCCACAGAGACGGAGCUGAAGAAGGCCUACAGACAGCUGGCUGUCCAGGUUCAUCCAGACAAGAACAAACACCCCCGCGCUGGGGAGGCAUUUAAAGUUCUGAGGGCAGCCUGGGAUAUUGUCAGUAAUCCUGAAACACGACGAGAGUACGAGCUGAAGCGUAUGGCAGCGACUGAGCUUUCCAAGUCCAUGAAUGAGUUCCUCACUAAACUGCAGGAUGACCUGAAGGAAGCAAUGAACACCAUGAUGUGCACCAAGUGUGACGGCAAACACAAGCGAUUUGAGAUGGAUCGGGAACCAGCGGAAGCCCGGUUCUGCGCCGAAUGCAGCCGCUGCCACAGUGCCGAGGAGGGAGAUUUAUGGGCGGAGUCCAGCAUGCUGGGCUUUCGCAUCACCUACUUUGCUUGUAUGGAAGGGAAAGUUUAUGACAUAACAGAAUGGGCAGGUUGUCAAAGAAUCGUCAUUUCUCCGGACACGCAUCGCGUGCCGUAUCACAUCUCCUUCGGUGCGAAGAACAGCACCAGCGCCACACGACACAGGAUGCCCUCAGAACAUGCCCCAGGCCCAACAAAUCCCGCAGACCUGCAAAACUUCUUCAACAGAAUCUUCAAAGGUGGACCUCCCAAUGACAUGCCCGCCAAUGGAAGCUUUUUCCCCCCAGGUCCACCUCAUCACCACCCUCCUGGAGCUGGGGCAGCGCCAUUCCCCCCUCCGCCAAGCCAGACCGGUUUCUUCAUGCCAGGUGGCCCGCGGUCAGAGUCCAGUGACACGUGGGCUGAAAGCGGCAAACCUCCAAGAAGAAGGAGGAAGGUCCGCAAGCCUUUCCAGAGGUGAAACCGCUGACUUUUAGUGUAUUCAAAUGGCAACGCAUGGACACAUAAAGGAUGUCCUUCCAUGGCUGUCUUUUGCCAAAACCUGAACUGGAGACAACAAAUGGGUUUGAGGCUGCAGUUUGGAAAGUCAAGUCUGAAAGCCUGGAUCUCGAAGAAGAGCUGGUUGACUGAAGGGUUAAACUGGCACCGAUUGUACUUGACCCUUUUUUGUCACCGUUUUUUUUUUAUUGAAGACUGUAGCCUUUGGAAUUAAAAUCCUUGUCAGGACACCA